GGGAGCUCUGCUGUAGUGCUGUGUGAAUUGUAAUGGGGUUCUCGUUCGUAGCCUUCUCUCCUCCCAUUAUCUGUAAGAUCAAUACCUACAACCACAACAACAACAACAACAACUCUCACUCGCUUGAUGCUGCAUUCAUCAAACGCGCCGCCGAGAUAGCCGACAAGUCCGCCGGCUUUACCUCGCCCCACCCGAACUUCGGCUGCGUGGUCGCCACUGCCGCCGGAAAUGUCGUCGGAGAGGGGUAUCUUUACGCGCAGGGGACCAAGCCCGCCGAGAGCCUGGCGGUGGAGGCCGCCGGCGAUUGGAGCAAAGGCGCCACCGCUUAUCUCAACAUGGAACCCGGCGAUUGCCACGGUGACCGCACCGCCGUCUCUUCUCUCAUCAAGGCAGGAAUUACUAGAGUAGUCGUUGGAAUCAGGCAUCCAUUGCAACAUCUUCGGGGCAAUGCUGUUCGUGCAUUAAGAAGUGAAGGAUUGCAUGUUGAUGUUCUUGGGGAAGAUAUACAAAGUAAAGUUAUUGAGGAAGCUCUGAAGUCCUGCCUCUUAGUCAAUGCUCCUUUGCUUUAUAGAGCUGCUUCUCGAGUUCCAUUCUCUGUUCUCAAGUAUGCAAUGACCCUUGAUGGAAAAAUUGCUGCCAGCAGUGGGCAUGCAUCAUGGAUAAGCAGCAAAAAAUCGAGAACUCGAGUUUUUGAAUUGCGGGGUAGAAGUGAUGCCAUUAUUGUAGGAGGAAAUACUGUACGCAGGGAUAAUCCACGACUAACAGCAAGACAUGGAGGUGGCCAUUUGCCCAUGCGGAUUGUGAUGUCACAAACUCUAAAUCUUCCCGAGGUAGCUAAUCUUUGGGAUGUUGCUGAUGUACCCACCAUUGUUGCAACCCAAAGAGGCGCUAGGAGAAGUUUCCAGAAAUUUCUUGCAUCCAAAGGUGUUGAAGUAGUGGAGUUUGACAUCUUAAAUCCUAAAGAUGUUAUGGAAUACUUGUAUGAUCGUGGUUACCUUUCAAUUUUAUGGGAGUGUGGAGGAACAUUGGCUGCAUCUGCUAUUUCAUCUGGUGUCAUACACAAGGUGUAUGCAUUUGUGGCUCCUAAAAUUAUUGGUGGAAAGAAUGCGCCAUCUCCAGUUGGUGAACUUGGGAUGGUUGAGAUGACGCAAGCUUUGGAAUUAGUUGAUAUCUGCUAUGAGCAGAUAGGACCCGACAUACUUAUUAGCGGAUUUCUUCAGCCUGUUCCAGACAUGACACCUGUCAUACCAUCAGUGGAAGAAACUUCUGCAAUUGAUCCAACCGUCACUCCUUAUGAUUCAAGCAUCAUAUUCUUCUAUAAAACAUGGGAUCCUUAUGGAUCUUUCUCAAACUUCUCUCCUCAUCCAAUUCUGAUGCUGCCUGAUGAAAGUGGUGAUUAUCUUUCCUGGUCAAGUGUAGAGCAUUAUUACCAGGCGCACAAAUUUGUGGGAGUGCAUGAUCAUGUAGCAAGAAAAUGUGUUGAAGACAUAAGAUCUGCAAAAAGUCCCGAGGAAGCGGCACGAAUGGGAAGGAAAAUGCAGAGGCUGCACCCUGAUCUGAUAAGAUCUGAUUGGGAGUCCGUUAAGAUUGAUGUUAUGUACAGGGCCUUGAAAUGUAAGUUCUCGAUAUAUCCUCAUUUAAAUUCGAUGCUGCUCUCAACUGCGGGGGCUGUUCUUGUUGAAGCUUCACCGCAUGAUCUCUUCUGGGGUGGAGGCCGCGAAGGAGAAGGCCUAAAUUAUCUAGGCAGGCUACUAAUGCAGUUGCGGUCAGAGUUUCUUGGUGACUCUUCAACACCAAAUGAGAACUCUAGAAUUUAUCAAGAAACAUAAAAUGGAGUGAAAAUUCUAUAUAUGAUGAUAAGCUUUAUUAUAUUUUUGUAACAUCAUUGUUGCCCUGAUAAUUUAUGUAAUCUAGUUAAAAUAUUGGUUCCCAAAUAAAUGUUCUAUGUUGUUAGCUUUCAAGUUGAAAAGGUGAAGUUAAAAUUUAUUUACCAAAAAAGGUUAGUAAAUUAUUUGAGUCAAA